UUGAAUCAAGUCGAAAAAUAUAUAAGAACUUUCAAUUUCAGCUGUCGAUGAGUCAGAAAUGGGCUACAAAAACAAUUUUCCGCAGGUGAUGCGAGAGGCGGGCUUCAAGCUGCGCCAGUAUCGCGAUGGGCCACUGGACUGGCGUCAAAUGGGCUCCUAUGAGACGGAACGAAUUCUGCGUGAGCAAAACUUGGAGGUCGUGGACGAAGCACUGAAGCAUUUAUCCGAGGCGCCGCUGGGCACCAUGCUGGAGACGCACAUACUCGAUGGCGGCAUAGCCAAGUACUUUGUCAUGUCGCAAUAUGCGAUCCAGUACCUGCUCUGCUGCCGCACAUACCUGGACGAAACCGUGGACGAGCUGCGCGAGGCGCAUGAAAUAUCGCAGCAGGAGAUUGCGAAGCUGCGCAAAUCUCUGAGCGAAUCGAACAACGAGGUGGUGCAGCUGCACAAGAAGAUCACCCAAAUCGAGACCAUACGCGAGGUGGUCUUUCCCUGUCAUCUGUGCACCAAAAAUUUCAUCAGCAACGAGGCGCUGAACGUGCACAUCGGACGCAAGCAUCGCGUGGGUACGCCCUCCUCCAAUUUGGCAGGUGGUGGGACUGUCCGGGAGAAGGAGAACGAUAUGCAGCUCAUCAACACCAUCAAAAUGGAGCUGGAAAUCAAGCAGUUGAAGGAGCGUCUGAAUGCCGCCGAGCGCAAUAUAAAGGAGCGAAGUGGGCAGCCACUUCAGGUGCAGCUUCAGGAUCAGACAACAUCAACGGUGAGCAUGCGCCACGUGGGCAUACAAAGCAAUUUGGGAGAAUACAAGGAAAAGGAUGAGGUCAGCAGCGAGGCGGCUGAGAGUGAGGCGAGCGAACGUAAGAAGCAGCUUCACGGCCUGGCCGAACGCCUCAGCAGUUUUGAAGUUUGGCAGGCACAGCUAAAGCAGAGCAACGAAGACUUCAUCCGGGGCAUCAACCAGAAGCUAGAGGACCUAACCUUAGCUCUGGAGCAGACCAAACGAAACGCAGAGUCCAAGGCUGCUGCACCAGCUACUGCCGAGGAGCGCGUGGCCACACCUUGCCUUGAGGAUUUGGAGCGCAUACUCACCGAAAAAGUGGCUGAAAUCGGAAAGGUCAGCGCCAAUAAGCUGGAGGAGGUAGUGCACCAACUGGAAACGGGCUACAAGGAAAAACUAGAAGCACUGGAACGGGAUCUAAAACGGCUCAGCCUGCGUAAGCAAAACGUUGCCGAUGUGCAACAAACAGCAUCCGCAUCCAAGAUACCCAAGCCUCUGCCCAAAAAGGAGGAAAGCAUGGAGCGCAUCAAGCGUCUGGUGGAGACGGAGUUCCUGAAAGCCAAACGCGAUGAUGACACCUAUUCCAUUGAAGAGCCGCCACCACAGCAGGAACAACAGGCACAAAAGCAAGAGCAGGCCAGUGGCAACAGCUCGACCAAUCAUCCGACUUAUACGAAGCCAGCGCCGGCAUCAGCCCCCGUUAGAGAUGAACCAAAGCCGAAAGCCGCCAUAAAGCAGUCAGAGCAGGCGGAAGCCACGGAUAUUAGCGAAAGCCUUAGCGGCGAGGAGAGCGUCAGCGAUGAAGGUAGUGAAGUCUUGACCUCUGAGCCGGAACGACAGGUAUUCAUGUCGCCAAAAAUCAAAUCCGUCCUAAAGAAUAGACUCCCACCAAAGCCAUUGACACGCAAAGAUGCGCGCAAAUUGAUCAACCAAAGACUGAAUCCGCAUGGCUUCAAUAUGAAGUCAAAGGCCAUCUCCAACACAUCUGCCAAACGUGUGAGUGCUGAGCUAGCGCAGCAAAGGGCCAGACUGAAAUUGGACUACCCGAAUUUCUAUACAACACGCAAUCGCAUACGAAAAUUCGUGGAGAAUCUUUGCUCUGUCAAGAUGCCGGAACGUGCUCAGAUUUUGUUAAACAAUAAGACACCUUUGCAGCCAAUGGAGGUGCCGAAGCGUAGAAAUCCUUUGCUAACAACCACGGACGACGAUGACGAUCUUAAUGAAGGUUCUGAUGUAUCAUCGGCUUCACAGGAGAUGGCCGAUGAGAACGUUGAUAAUGCAUCAACAAGUUCCAAGGCGCACCACCCAAAUUUCAAAGCCCAAUUGGAACAACUGCUGGCUAAACCGGCGGCUCAUGUGGUUUCCAAGCCCAAGAUGGUGCAGAUACAACAAGCAAAGCCUGUGCCGCUGCCGCGGAAGCGAGUUAUGUUUAAUACGGGGAGCAGCAGGCGGAGCAGUGAAGAUAACGCCGAAUAAAUUGAAUACAAACAAAA